GUAUAGUCCAAUUCGUAUAAAAAGUCGACAAGCUGGCGCCGUUCAGAUUCUUCGGCCCCUAUCGCCCUCACCCGCGUCACAAGCAGAGCCUCGCGCGCUUCCUGUUCCCUCGCGCCGUAAGAGACCGAUACCGUGAACGACUACUCAAUUUCCACCUCAACACUCUUCCGCUCCUCAAGCACAGGUUCCAGUCCCGAGUUUACCGAUACAUUCUUGAGCGCCAACGGAGGCGCGCGGAUCAAUCGCGCAUUUUGGAUAUCGUGAAGCGGCAAGGUAGACAGCUCUGGCUAGGAUCGCAAGCGAAUCGCCCUGUCAAGCAUGCAAGGACCCGGUCCAAGGGUUCAGUGGCGCAUAAAACGCCCCAGACAGCAGGAAUCAUGAUGGGAUAUGGCUCUAACCGGGCUACGAGCCCUGGUGAUGGCGAGAGGGGAUAUAGGAGGAAGCGCUUGGCAGCGAUGGCAGGAAAUCUGUACAGAAGCGGCCAAGCCGCAGUGACCGAGAUCAAGGAAUCAUAUGCCCAGACCAGGGCAGGGCCUGCGGCUUCAGGACAUGAGAAACACGGACGGAUACACAUCCCCGGCGCAUUUCCAGAUGUUGCAAUCACAGUAAAGGGUGACUGCCAAAUGGUGCUGUUUCCGUCGUAUGCGAAACAACAUACCAAACGUGAUUGGGGCGAGAUGGCGAUGCACGACUCGGAUGCGCCACAUGGAAGCAUCAGAGACGAAGGCUUUUGGCGGCAAGAGUGGGAGCGCAAUGAAGAUGAAAGGGCAAUUGUUGACGUUGACGUCCGAGGCUGGAUCUAUACGCCUCACAGUGGUCCGAUGACGAGGAGAAACAGAGUUCUCAUCGGUCUGGCGCGGCAGCUCAGUGGCAUCCCUGCGCCCAGGGCAGACCAAACAUAUAAUCCAGAGACUGGACUUCCACGUACACAUCAUCAAAUACACGAAGAGCAAAAAGAGCAGGAGAAGAUCAACUCUGAAGCUCGGCGCAUUGAAAGAGUAGGACAGCGAGAGAAGCAGGUUGCAUACCAGGGAGGUUUUAGUGAGAAAACGCCUGAUAAUGACGACCCUCUUACGGAUAGCUUUUACUAUCCUUCUCGCCAGGGUAACCAAUCUCCAGAUUCUGCCCCUUCCAGUCCAACGAUGCCAGCCAAAACUAUGACAUCGAAUACCACUGCCAGCGAGAUGAGCGAGAGUGAUCUCAUUCUGGCCAAUGCCAAUCUCAUGGCUCGAAUUGCCCCUUUCAUGACAAAUCCUUCUGUUGCUCUACCAGUCACUUUCUUCUUUUACAACAGCGAGAAGUCUCAAUCAAAGACCGUCAUGACCAACGAUGCGGGUCAUUUCGUCAUUCGUGCUGCUCUCGACUUUAUCCCAACUCAUGUUAGAGUUCUGGCGGAUGAGGAUCUGUCAGCUAUCCAAGAGAUCAAAGUCAUUGAACCAUAUGGAGUCAGUCUUAUUAGCGACAUUGACGAUACAGUCAAGAAGUCCAAUAUUUCUGCGGGUGCCAAAGAGAUCUUCCGCAACACGUUCAUACGAGAUCUAGGUGAGCUCUCUGUCGAAGGUGUUAAGGAGUGGUAUAAUCGCAUGGCCGACAUGGGCGUCAGCAUUCAUUACUGUUCAAACAGUCCGUGGCAACUUUUCCCAGUCCUAGCCAGUUUCUUCAAGAUGCACGGCCUGCCACCAGGAUCUCUUCAUCUAAAGCAAUACAGUGGCAUGUUGCAGGGCAUCUUUGAGCCAGUGGCAGAAAGAAAGCGAUCUACACUUACUCGCCUAUUACGAGAUUUCCCUGAGAGAAUGUUUAUUCUUGUGGGAGACAGUGGAGAAGCUGAUUUGGAGGUUUACACGGAGCUUGCCCUUGCGAACCCAGGACGGAUUCUUGCUGUCUUCAUUCGAGAUGUCACAACACCAGAGGAGACAGCAUUCUUCAACUCCAACUCGGGAUAUGAUUUUAGCCGGCCGAAGACGCCAGCCACCUCUAGCAACGCUUCAAGGAAUGUCUCAAGAAACCCUUCAUACCAGAACCUGGGGCCCAGUGGAUAUCGGGGAGAAAGCAAACCACCCACAGGCCCGACUAUGGGAACUCUGAUCGACUUCUCAGACGAGCCAGGCGAGACCAAGAUCGAUCGUAAUGCGGCUCUCUCUCAAGUUCGAAAUGCCAGUGCCAAUGCCAACUCCAAGAGUGCCAGUACGACUGAUCUACUUGGCGGACGUAAGCCACCUCCGCCCAGACCGGCAAAACCAGUUGCGUUGAGGAGUGCCAAGUCGAUCACUGAGCUGAACAAGGGUCUCAGCAGGCAGAAUUCUGAUGAGAUACCUCCACCACCUCCGCCUAGAAGACCAGCGGUGCAGGUUCGAGAACCGUCAGUGCCUCAUCCUCUGAAGCAGAUUCACAAUUCCUCGCAGCAGAGCUCUGGUAGCAGCAAUGGCGGUUUCAAAAUCCCAGCACGCUCUAAUUCAGGGGAUCGUCCUCCGCCACCUCCGCCACGACGACGCGGUACACCCUCAAGCAUCACCGAGUCCAAUCAAAAUCCACGUCUUCCACCACGGCCGACUCAGAACAUGGCCAAUCUAGACGUGGACUACGAUCCGCUCCCACCACCAUCAUCAAACCCCCCUCCGUCAUUUGGUUCAGCAGGAUCAGGGUAUCGAUCAGACGGCAACACAUCAACAGCAGGUUCGCCAACACUGGGUCCACAAGCAGUAAACAAGAAAUUAGAACUAUGGAGAAGAAGAUUAGCACGAGCACACGAACAGUUAGACGGGAUAGGUGUAGCCUUGUAUACAUGGCGACGAGGAAACGAUGUCAUUGCAGAAGCAGAGGGAAUAGUCAAACGAGCCCUCGCAGAUAUGGAGAGAAAGAGAAGGAUGAGACAAUAGCGACUCGACUCUAUAUACCAAGCAUUUUUUAUUCUCG